AUGUCCAACUGCGGUGAUGUCAACAACGUCAGCGACAUCAACAACAUCAACAGCACAGCCACGAGAGGAUGUUACUUAGAGAAGCCCAAUUCUGUGGUAAACGAGUCGGACAUAUGGCCAUGGCGGGUAGGGCUGUACGGUAUUGGGGGCUCCUGUAUCGCGUGUGUUGGGCUGGUGUGUAACAGCAUCGCCGUGCUCGUCCUGGCCAACUACGGUGUGCUGUACCCAACACCCCGUAUUGCGCGCACGUGCGCGUCCUACACUGUUGUCCUCAUCACUUUGGAGAGGUACAUCGUUGUGGUAUGGCCGCUCUCUGCACACAGGCUUUGUCAGAAGCGAGUAGCGAUUGGAUGUGUCGUAGGAGUGGUGGUUUUCGCCUUGUGCUACCACAUACCUCUGUACAUGGCCUACUCUUGUGGUGACGUGUGGGAUGAAGAGAGCGACAAGUGGAGGUACAUUAUGUACAGGACUUCCGUGGGCAAGAGUUCUUGGUUCAAUGACGUGUACGUGACGUACAUCAACCUGGCCCUGCACUUUCUGUUGCCCUUUCUGAUCCUGCUCACGUUUAACUCUCUCAUGUUGUGGGAGCUGUGGCAUCACCCGGGAGUCAGGACAGGACUCAAUGAAACAGACCGACAGAGGCGGGCUCGCAGAGAACAGCGGCUCACUGGCAUGGUAGUGUGUAUGACAGUCAUUUUCUUUUUGUGUGAGCUUUUCCCAGCUGUCUCUCUCAUACUGACCAGCGGACUCAACACGUUCGUCGAGUGCUCACAGGAAUGCAACAGGUCAGUGCACCAAGCUAUGGCGGGGAGUGUUGGGGGUUCAAGAUUCAGCGCAGUGGCUGACACAAUUGUCAUGGUGAACUCGGCCAUCAACUUCGCCAUCUACUGCGCCGCGGGGAAGAAGUUCCGGGCUGUUUUCAUCACGGUCUUCUGCGGGCGACGCCGGCGGGAACAAACCGCCGACUCUAGCCAUUGCGUCAACACUGGGACAGCUAUGACGAGGUUGUCCAGGCAGUCUGGACACUUAGACUAG